AAGAGGAAAAAUAAAAUGGGGUCACGAGUCGUACGCAUGUUCAGAAAUGUCAACCUAGAAAACAGAGUUCAGCGAGAAAUUUCCAAGGAAAAGCCGAAGCCAGCACCAAGACACGCGGUUACACAACCAACCGACCAUGACGGAAAUGUUGGUACCGUCCAUCAGAAGAACAACGAUUUACUAUCAAAUCUGAAGUCUGUUUACGUGGAGUCUGUAAACACACAGACGGUGAAGUCCAUAAAGGAGGGGGUGAGCAUGAAUGAUGCAACAAAAUGCAGACCGACGAAAUUCUUCCUUCCAGGAAACUCUUAUGGCCUUGCAAACCUGACAGAAGUUCCUCGAGGCAAACUGACCAUCACAGAAGCUAUUAAAGCCGUCGGAAGCCACCAGAAUGAGCCUCAAACAUGGACGUCGCAGAAGAUUGCUAAAGAAUAUUCUUUGGACUUAAAAGAAACAAACUCUCUUCUUGAGUUUUUCAUCCCCUUCCAGGUUCAGAUCUUACCACCUGUAAAUGUAAAACAGCUGAAGGUCAUUUAGGGGCAAAGGCUGAUUCUGUCAUUAUUUCAACCUAAAUGAUUUGCAACAAUUUGUUAUGUGUUGGCCCUGCGAUGAGGUGGCGACUUGUCCAGCAACCCCGCGACCCCGAGAGUGACAAGCCGUAGAGGAUGGAUGGAUGGAUGGAUUGUUGUUAAUAAAUACUUGUGAACAUAACCAGCGUUGUAUGAAAUUAUGACUUACUUACAUUUUUUUUUUGCGUUGAACUCAAGUAAUGAAUACUUUCUAAGCAAUCCGCUCAGUGUGGUUCUUCAAAAUUAUUUUACCAAUACAUAGACAUUUCCUCCACAAGUAUUGGAACAGCAAGGCCAAUUGAUGUAGUUUUGCUGUAGAUUGAAAAUUUGGGUUUGACAUCAAAAGCUGAACAUUUAAGCUUUAAAACCUGGGUUUUGGUGCACCCCACUUUUGGUAUGGUUUGCUUUUCGAAAAACUUUUUUUUUUUUUUCUUUUCAAAAAAUGUUGCCUCUGCUUUUGUAUACCGUCCCAGUUAUCGUACGACCAAGCACUGUGGUGGGUGGUGGGGGGUGAUACUUUGCCUGUGUAUUAUGCAACAACUAAAAAAAGAUUUGCAAACAGAUAUAAGGGAUUUAAGGUAAACAAUUAUUUGCAAACAAAAUACGAAUUUUGCUUAUAAAAUACAGUAAAAAUAUUGGUUUUAUUUGUAUUUAAGUUUUGGGUGAGUGUUUCGUUUCAAGGUACACAUAUAUAUGGUAGAUAUUAGUACGUCCCUUUAUCAGUGCAGACAAGAAUUAUUAUUUAUCGUAUCAAUCUAAUAAAAUGAAAAACUGCA